UACUCACAGGAGGAGGGACUUUGCGCAUGCGCACUCAAUCCGUGAACCACACGCGGCUCAAUCACGACGUUUAUUCGGCGUUCACUAUGCAUCAUGUCAACACUCUGUGUGUAGGGACGUCCAAACACAGUCGACCGUACUGUAAAUACAGUAUCUGCACCAUCCACUCUGCCAUACCGGAUCGGCUCGGUUCUGUUCUCCUCCCAAAUAACAUGGGUUAAGAUGUCUGGAUAAUUUAUCUCAACUCUUCGCAAGGAUGGGGACUCGGACAAUCCGUUUUGGCAGGCGCAUUUUGACAAAGGCGAGAAGAGAAACCAGAAAACGGCUUUAAUAUCACUCUCAUCCUUUCAUUUCCUUUCUUUUUUCUUUUCUUUUUUUUGAGAGAUGAUCGCAGAGUUGGUGUGCAGCGUCGUAGCACUGGUCCUGUAUGUCAACACACUGGACGCGGAUUUCUGCUACGAUGACAGCCGUGCUAUCAAAACCAACCAGGACCUUCUCCCUGAAACGCCUUGGAUCAACAUCUUCUACGAUGACUUCUGGGGGACGCUCCUCACCCACAGCGGCAGCCACAAGUCCUACCGCCCAAUCUGCACCCUCUCCUUUCGUCUCAACUACGCCCUGGGCGGCUUGGACCCUUGGGGCUACCACCUGAUCAAUGUGGUUCUCCACUGUGCUGUGACGGCCCUGUUUUCCAGUUUUUCAGGCCUGCUGCUUGGGUCUGGUUGGUGGAGCCUGCUGGCCGGGCUUCUCUUCGCAGCUCACCCCAUUCACACGGAGGCGGUGGCGGGCGUCGUGGGUCGAGCCGACGUGGGUGCCGCCCUCUUUUUCCUUUUGGCCUUGCGAUGUUACAUACGCCACUGCGCCCUGAGAUCCAGCGGCGACUGCAGACAGAGCUGGUCGUGGUUUUUGGGCACCCUAGCAUGUGCUUCCUGUAGCAUGCUGUGGAAAGAGCAGGGCGUGACGGUGCUGGCUGUGGCAGCCAUGUACGACGUGUUUAUCUUCCAUAAGCUAAAGCUGCUGCAGGUUCCUGCACUCUUCUGUAAGAAGAAAAGUCUGCACCUGCUCCUGAGCGUGUUUCUGCUCGGCUUCUGGGGAAUCGUCCUUCUGGCUUUCCGAUUCUACUGGAUGGGCAACAAACCUCCAAACUUCUCCAACUCGGACAACCCUGCAGCAGACUGUCCAUGUUUUAUAACAAGGAUGCUGACGUUCUUGUACCUACCUGCCAUUAACGUUUGGCUCCUCAUGUGCCCUGACAUGCUAAGUUUUGAUUGGUCAAUGGAUGCUCUGCCGCUUCUACGGAGCAUUGCCGAUUGGAGAAACAUCCACACGGUCGCCUUCUACCUCUCGCUUUCGGCACUGGCAUGGUUUGGACUUCGUAGUAGCCCUGCCAAAAGCAAGGAGACCAAUGGAAAAGCCCAUUACGUAGCAAACGGGAAGUCCACCAAUGGACACACUUAUAGCUCUGAACAUGAAAACUCUGAGUUUUACUCAAACUCUGUGCAUAUGAAUGGAAGUAAUGGUACGGUAAAACACCAUGUGUCGACCUUACCAACCACUGAGAGUUUGGUGGCAUUUUCAUUGGGACUGUUGGCUAUUCCCUUUCUCCCAGCCACCAACUUGUUCUUCUACGUGGGCUUUGUGGUAGCCGAACGUGUACUUUACAUUCCUAGUAUGGGCUUCUGCCUGUUGAUAGCAGUGGGGAUGAGAUGUUUAUAUGUCAGACUUCGAAGAAAAUUCUCCAGGAAUUUACUGCUGGGCUGCUGUGCAGCACUGGUCCUUGUCUUUGGGAUUAAAACAGUACUGAGGAACCGCGAUUGGCGGAAUGAGGAGAUGUUGUACAAGUCUGGGAUAUCUGUGAACCCUGCUAAAGCCUGGGGUAACCUCGGAAAUGUCCUUAAGAACCAGGGGAAGGUGGCGGACGCUGAGCAGGCGUACAGGAAUGCUUUGUACUACCGCAGAAAUAUGGCCGACAUGCUGUAUAACCUAGGUCUCUUGCUCCAGGAAAACAACCGGUUCUCAGAGGCUCUCCAUUAUUAUAAGCUGGCCAUUGGGAGCAGACCAACUCUGGCUUCCGCCUACUUGAACACGGGGAUAAUCCAGAUGAACCAGGGCCAUCAAGAGGAGGCGAAGCGGACCUUCCUCACCUGCGCUGAUAUCCCGGAUGAGAACCUGAAGGACCCUCAUGCACACAAGAGCUCCGUCACCAGCUGUCUCUAUAACAUGGGAAAGCUUUUGCACGAGCAGGGUCACCAAGAGGAGGCCAUAUCUGCAUAUAGAGAAGCGAUACAGAAGAUGCCCAGACAGUUUGCUCCACAAAGUCUUUACAAUAUGAUGGGAGAGGCGUACAUGAGACUCAACAAACUCACGGAGGCCGAGCAUUGGUAUAAGGAAUCCCUCCGAGCCAAACAAGACCAUAUACCUGCACACCUCACAUACGGCAAACUGCUAGCCAUGACGGGUCGCAAAACUGAAGCGGAAAAAUACUUUCUCAAGGCGAUCGAGCUUGAUCCCACUAAAGGAAACUGCUAUAUGCAUUAUGGUCAGUUUUUGCUGGAAGAGUCUCGGCUUUUGGAGGCUGCUGAAGUGGCGGAAAAGGCCGCGCGUUUGGACAGUGAAGAAUUUGAUGUGGUUUUCAGCGCAGCUCAUAUGCUCAGGCAAGCCAGUCUCAAUGAUGCAGCUGAGAAGUUCUACGGACAAGCAGCCAGCCUGAGACCCAAUUAUCCUGCAGCUCUGAUGAACCUCGGUGCCAUUCUUCAUCUCAAUGGUAAACUCCAAGAAGCAGAGGCCAAUUACCUACGAGCCCUGCAGUUGAAGCCAGACGACAGCAUCACUCAGUCCAACCUAAGGAAACUGUGGAACAUCAUGGAAAAGCAGGGCUUGAGGACCAUGGCUCCUUGACUCGGACAGCUUUGACUAUUGAGGUCCCAUUGGUGAUGCUGAGCUCUCACUGGUGAGGUAGUACAGAAUAAGGAAGCCCUCAAAACCUAGUUCACCUCAUUUGAUGUUUCACAUUAUGAUAUCAGCUACGUCUGGUAAAACUGAGAAUUUCCGGAACGCUCGAGAACCUCUGAGGUCUGGAAUAUCUGCUCUGCGAAGUCCUCAACUGGAGACUUGAACUUGAAGUGACCCGCAGAUGCAUACUUGAAGUGUCACGAUAGAUUAGAUUUUAAUUAGCUAGUUGAUGUUUAAUGGUCUUAAAGGGCAAUAUUUGUCCUGAGGCUGUAUAAAUUAAGAAGGAAUGCGAGUUCCUCUGCUCUGCAUGUACAGAACAUUCCACGGUAACAGGUUCCUUGAUCCAUAUGAUUGGAAUCAUUAAUAUUUAAUGAGUUCAUUGGGGCUUACAGACAAAUCAUUUCCGUUUAAUUUAUGCACAGGGCUGGCACGUGAUUCAUGGCAUUGAAACUAGAUAAAUGGCCACUGAACAAAAGUUAUACCUUUUAUGCUUCAAAAAGCAAUGUCACAUUUUUGAUUUGGUUUAACGUUUGUAUUCCCACUGAAUAUAAUCAGCACAGAUGUUAGGUGAAGUCUUGGUUCAAGAUGGAUUUAUAGAAAAAUGGAGUUUGAAAAUGAAUUAAACCUACUGUAUUUUUACACACUCCAUCAAUGUCACAUGCAUGCAGAAAUGUCACAACCACAACAUUUAAUAAAUGGGAUCGUGAAAUUUAAUCCAUUUUAAAGUAUCUUGCCAAAAACUACAUGAAUUCUGAAGGGAAUUUUCCAUAAGGACGUUUAUGUGACUCUGUAGCUCUUUGCCUUAAAACUGUGAUGUACAUUGCAUUACAUUACAUUUAUGCAUUAGUAGACGCUUUUAUCCAAAGUGACUUAUAGUGCAUUUAAGGUUCGUACGUCCCUGAGAAUCAAACCCAUGACCUUCGCUGUGCUCGACCAAUUGAGCCACAGGAACAUUAUGAUGUAGCAGAAAAAAACCUCACAUGACUUGUUUUCUUUUAUUGGUUUACUGACAUUAAAGGUGAAGGAUUACAAAUGUUUAUUUUCUACAAAACAUUCAUUACAGAUUGGUUUUAUUUGGUCAGAUGGUACAAUCAAGGACCACGUCUAUAAUUCAAAUGGUAAAGUCUCCAUCAGUGCUUUAGUUCAGCAGAGCGGUAGUGUAAAAAUACAAAGCCUUGACUGAUAACUCCUAACCAAAUACAAAUCCUUUCACUGGUUGCACUCGUCUAACAAUAUACAGCCAUAUUUUAUAAGGGGGUUGUUUAUAUGUAAUAUUGGUUUAAUUUGUUUUAUGUCUAAAUGUGUAUAAAUGGAACCUAAUAUAUAAAAUGACACAUUACACGUGUAUAUUGUCGCUCUAAUGUGAAAAUGGUAAACCAGAAUCACAAUAUGCGAAAUAAUUUUCAAACUUUCGAUCAACUGUUUCAUUGUCUGUUCCUGAUCUUCAACUUUGUGUACAAAUUAAGAAUAAUUGCAUUUGAGCUCUUAUUUGGUGGUCUCGCCCAUUUCUCUGAGAAAUGAAUGUGAGAUUAUUAUGAAGGGUGUUUAAUGUGAUGUCAGCUUCCCGUUAUGUUAAAGGUCUAGCAAGUGCAGCCAAGUCAGUAUUAACUUAUUACCUUUGUGUUAAAAACAGCUGGCACUGUGUUAUGUCAAGUGUACAAAAGAUUUGCACAGAUCUUCCCUUAUUAAGAAAGUUUGUAAUGAAGAAAUGAAUCCAGUGAAUCAUUGUGUAAUGGGAACAUUUUAGUGGGAACAUUUGGAAUAAAUCCGAAAUUUGUCAUGCA